AUGACAAGCCCCACACCCGUACCACUUACCACCACCUUCUCGCUGCCGGCCGCAUGUACUACCGACACUUGGUACAUUGAGUACCUGUCUGGCACUAAUUACUACGACACCACACUAGAGCAGCUGCUUUUUCCCUCGGGAUAUGCGACCAGCACCAACUCUUACUUCUCGCCGGGCGUCGCCCAAACCGAAAAUGGCAUAGUUUGGUACUCAGCGAACCGGUGCACCUCCUAUAAUAGCGACUCUAGCUACCUAUGGAUAUUCACAAAAGCCGGUAUAACAUCUAGUAUGAGGACCGCUGGUGGCAUUAAUGCUAAGGCCAUCUUCAUUCGCUGCACAGGAGUCAGCUCGACGGUAUCGCCUCACGGCCACAUAUUAGGACAAUCUUCGAAAGUAUGGGUUGCUGGUCCUGUUAUUGGAGCCGUGAUUGCGAUUACCUUGAUUGCGCUCGCCGUGAUCUGGUAUAAUCGACGACGAAAGUAUCAACCAAAAAAUAAUGAAAAUGGCUCUCAGCCUGGAAUUUGGCAUGAUAAGCCAGAACUGCCGAUCAACGGUGCCCAAGUGUUCGAGGCCCCUUCCGAUACUGUCCCCUCUUCCAAAAAGCCUGCGGGGGAGCUUUCUGCGGCGAAUGCUGUCUUUGAAUUGCCAUAG